AAAGAAGUUUCUGUUUGUUUGUUGGAUUUAUUCUGUGAGCUAGUCUCCCUGUAUGUCAUAUUGUUGCUUUAAAAAAACACACAAACAAACAACUUUUGGAAGGCAUUCAAAGGACCUGGUGUGAAUCAGCAUCUUGAAUAAAGAUAGGCCUUUGAAUGCUUUUGCUCUAAGGAAUCCAAUGCUUCUUAGGUGAUCAAACAGCUGCACAGGAGAUUGCAGUGAACCCCCACCCCACCCCAAGAAGUUGCUGUGUAUUUGUUUGUAAAGCAUCCUGUGAAGGGCAGAUGGCAAGUUUUGGGACCUAUCACUUUAGAAAACCACAGUCCUUUCAUCCAAAGUUCACCCAGUGCAAUCCUGUGCGCACUUACUCAGAAUUAAAUCCCACUGUGUUCAGUGGGGCUUCCUCCCACGGUAAAUGUGUACAGGAUUGAACCUAUAAUAAAUAGAUUGAACCCCGUAAUAAAUAGUGUGGAACUCUGAACAAGUUUUUUGUUUUUGACUGUUCAGGACACAGAGAAUAGAUGUUAAGAAAGACGUUUGACAAAUUUGGAAUAACACAAAAUAUGAUAAAUAUAUAUUUCUAUGCGUGGAUGAAGCUUCUGGUGCAAUAUUUUGGUUGUUGUGAAUGUUUUUAACUCAGAAUUGUUUGUUGAUUGGAACGAAAUGAAAGUUUGGCCCAAUAUAGCAGUGUGGACAUCUCUUUACCUUCAAGAUGGUUUGUGUAGUAUUUCUAAUUGCAAUGGAAGUCUAGCAAAUAAUGUGUACCUUCUUAUUAUUUUAGCUAUUUCAACUCAGUCUGAAGGAGGUGAUACCUUUUAACAAUGGUUUAAAACUGUUUUUCUGAAGAUCCAGCAUUGAAAUCCUGAUUUAACUCAGCAUAAUAGUACACAUUCACCAUUCCACAUAGUCAAAUAAACAUAAAUGAGAUUCACUUAAAAAAGAGAGAUGAUGUUCACUACAUUCAGUUUGUCUUUACUGUAUAUUCAAGGUCCAACCCUGUGGGUACAAUUCACGAUAUCUAACCUUCCUUUCUUACUGUUGGUGGGAAAUAAUCAUAAAUUUGUCUUUUGCUACAAACUUGCUUGUUUUGACACCUCUUUUUGGUUGCCGAAGUUGUAUACAAUGAUUUUUAAAAGUCUCUGUUUAAUACUUCCUAUCAGGUUCUUAUUUCACUGUACACAAAUAGCAAUAAAUAUUUUGCCUUUGUUAAUACAGUAUGCUAGUUCUGGUAAACUUUCCCUCCCAAAGCAAUGUUUUAACACAAAGGAACAUGAUACUUAAAAAUCUCUGAUGACAAAGCACAGGGGGAAAUACAUAAUUUAUGACCCACUUAUCUCAAAAGCCUGAGCAGAACAACAGACUGAAGCCUAUAUUAAGCAUGAUGUCAUGGUCACAUGGCAGGGAAUGAGCCAUGCAAGUCUUGAGGCCUGUUCUUAAAGUUCUGCUUCUAAGAUCUUAUGCUUCUAUCUUUGAGAGAAUCCAACUGCCAGAUUUUCUUGGUUCUGGCUAACGACAGGUCUGCCCAUGCCAGCUUUGGACCAAAGAUAGAAGAGGGCAUAUGACACUGGAUCUUUCAGUUAGUUGGUAGAAAGAGACUUAAAAGGGGAUUUUUAGAAGCAUAGAAUGGUAGAGUUGGAAGAGACAAGGGCCAUCUAGUCCAACCCCUUGCAAUGCAGGAAUCUCUUGCACAACCCUGAGAUUAAGAGUCUCAUGCUCUACUGACUGCACCUUCAUGAAAUAGCUUCUACCUUCAUGAAAUAGCUGCACCCCCUGCAUUCAUACCCCUCAGAUAUGAGGGAUGGCAGUACUCACCAGUACACAGUACCCACACCUUCCUCCCCAAAUCUUGGCUUCUAAAGUGAGCGUGUGAGGAGGGUGCACCUUUUCUCCUGUUCCCAUAGCAGUGGACCCCUUGGCAUUGCCAGUCUUGGUGGCAGUGCUUCCUCCUUGUCCUCAUCCUGUGGCAGCACAGCGGUGGUGGCUGGGCUGGGCAGCACCAAGAGGACUCUGGCUUCCUCGAAGGCCUUACGGAUGGCGUAGAGGCAGAAUGCCACAUCUUCCGGCAACAGCGAGCCUAGCUCUGGGCACUUGGUGGGCUCUCUCCCUCACUGAGCCCGGCCUGCAGCGUGGCUCACCUGGCAGCAGCCGCAGCCAGUCAGCCGAGAGCGGAACUUCAUGAUGAGUCCUGACACCUUUUUUCCUUUAAAAAGGGCACUGUCCUCAAGUAGAUCAGACAUGUACAAAGCAAAAGGAAUGUGAAUAUUUCCAAGCACUGAAAUGUUAAAACUGAAGCUAUUGAUACAUUUUGGAAGAGCUCCUGAAAGUGCUCUGCAACAGUGAAUGAAAGCACAAUCAUAGUGGAAUAUAAACUAGGUAAAUUGCAUUCAAGGAUGAAUUUUAGAGAAACUGCUGUAUUAGUUUGUGAGCAGGAAAUCAAAAAGUGCUGUGAAAGCUUAAAUGCAUACUGAUUUAUUAUUGGUUUGGGGUUGAGCUUUCAUAGUUAAUGGACCCGUUCAUACAACAGGACAGGCUGUGUAGACACAGACAUUCUCUUCUGAUAAAAAAGCUAGACACAUUUGCAACCUCGGUGUCUUUUUCUUUUAAACUUCUGAUUAGCUGGAAGACAGGAGUGCCUGGCGUGCUAUGGUCCAUGGGGUCACGAAGAGUCAGACACGACUAAACAACAACAAAUUUUAGAACAAGGAUUGGGAACUAAUGGUCUUCUGCAUGUUCCUGGGCUUCAACUCCCGUCAGCCCCAGGCAGCAUGGCCCAGUGGUUGGGGAUUAGGGGAGAGGGGGGAACUUCCCCCUUCUUGUCCUAGAAGAAUCAACUACAUGAAAAAUCAGGAACAUUUAAAAAGCAAUACCCUACAUCAGAUUUAAAGAACGACACACUUCAAAACCUUCUGUCAAGAGAAUAUUAUUUAUUUCUCUCACCUUUCCCCUGGAAUAGAACUCACGCCGCUUUAAAAAUUAAAAUCAACAGCACUGAUAUAACAAGCAACCAAUGAGUAAUUGGACUAAAAGAAGAUGAUGAUGACAAAAGAGAGUUGACUUUACUGGAUCCCAGGGACAGCCUGGUGUGUUGAAGGCUUCUAUGGGACCCAUAACAGCCUGGAUUUCACUGUGCACAUCUGUCAUGCCUCCACUGUGAUGGGCCCAGCAACAAGCAAACUCAUUUUAAGGCCAACGCCUGCCCUAAGGAGACCUGUUUGGUGCCACCAGUACAAUCGUUUUGGCACCAGAGUAAAACUUUCCUACUUUCCUAGGCUUUUUAGAUGGGUUCUAAGUUAGACAUUUUGUUCUUUCCUUUUAUGACUUUAACCUGGUAUUUAUUUUCUUGUUUGUUGUAUUAUAUGUUCUAGAAAGUAGUUUCAGACUUUUAUAUACUGCCCUGGGAUCUUCUCAUAAAAGUUGGUUAAGAAAUGUUUUAAAUAAAAAUAAAGGAAUACAGCUAUUCAGAUUUUAGCUCACGUCUGUCAAGGAAGUGGAUAUAUCUGAACUAAGAUAUGUGUUUCACGACUUGUUUUUGGCUGUUUUAGAAAUAGUUUCCAAAGGCUGUAGGUGAUUUAAAUAACCUCUUGCCCUAUUUCUUUGUUUAUUAUUAUUUUUAUUAUUUUUCCAAAUUAUUACAAAUCAAACCAAAUUACUUUAAUACAAUUUCUUAAAAAUCAGGUUUCCUGCUUUGUUGCAAACAUAUGUCAAUCAUUUCCUCCCAUAGCCGCAUCAUUUCUUAUUUACAGUCGUACCUUGGAUCUACUUCCAAAACAUUUGGAAACCAAAGCAUGGCUUCUGACUGCCUGCAGCCAAUUGGAAGCCAUGGAAGCCCUGUCAGACCUUUGGCUUCCAAAAAUAGUUCACAAACUGGAACACUUACUUCUGGGUUUGCGGCAUUCGGGAGCCAAAACGUUUGAGAACUGAGCUGUUUGAAAACCAAGGUACAACUGUAGUGUCCUGUUGUCAUCCUUCACUAACCAUUAGCCAUUCUUCCAGUUGACUGCUUUUUCCUCCUUACAAACAGCAUCUCUGUUACAUCUUAUAAAUAUAAAAUCCAGUUCAUGUGUGUAGUCCUUCAUAUACAUUUUUGUUCCAGACCUGGUGUGCUGAGAGAGUUCAUUACUAACUUCCAUUGUUCAGUUAUUUGCAAUGUUUAUCUGGAUGAUCACAUUCCAUUCCUUCCGCUGUUUACAAAGUAGCAUACGAGCCUCAGCCAUAAAUAACUAACAGGGAGCACUUCUAGGCCAUUAAAUUCCCCUCUGGAGUUCUUUCUCGACACACAGUUUUCCAAUUCAACAUUGAAUUUGGCUGCAGAUCACCCCCACCCAGCAUUCCUCUGACAACACACCCAUCCAGAAAUGGUCGUAGAUAAAAUCCAUUCAGCCUCAACUGCGGGCGGGGCAUAGCAAAACCUUAGUAAAAUUCCUUAUUGAGCAUAAAUCAAUAGCCUCCCCCCUCUUUUUUGAAGUGUCAAACAUAGUAACAAAGCAGUGGGUACACACGUCUCUUUCAUUGGGCAGGGGAGGACAAGGAAAGGAAAGACCAUUUGAAAAACUCAAGAAAGCACAAAGCGUUUUGUCCUCCCCUUUACUUUCCUGGCUUUUGUAAGGAUUCUCAAGCUUCAGAAAAUACACAAAUACCUUCAGAGAGCCAAGCCCAGUCCUUUCAGCAGCUGAUUACUUGCAGUCCAUUAGCAUAUGUCGGUCCAGGAGCGUGUCUUGAUUAAAGCCAAUUGUCCAAAUUAUGGAGGAACCAUCCACAAAUAAUGCUGGUAACGGAGGCUCGUCCAUGGCAGGGAAACACUCCCAGGUCACUCCUGCUCUGCCUUUCAAGUUGGCAGACAUGGGAUUGCGUGGCACAGCGGGAUGCAGUGAACUCCCCAGAACCCACUGAGGAGCAUUGUCAGGAUUUUUGCCUUAUAAAUCCUCCCUUUCCCCUGCCUGAACUUCCUCGCAGCCUGCAGAGGGCUGCAAAGAACAACUGCCAUUGACUCAUGACAUAGCUGGAAACCCCUCUUGCCCUAUUUCUGUUGGAACAGCCAAGAAUUCAACCAACUCACAAUUAUGAAAACUCACAUGUAUUCUUCAACUUUAUUUAAAAAUGUGGUGUUAUUUAGUUCAAAUGGAAAUUGAGACAAUUGUGUGGUUUUUUAAAAUAAGUUCUUUUCUAAUUUUUUAAUUUAACUAUAAUAAUAAUCAAUUACAAUUGCAUACAUAGUUAAUUUGACUUUCCUCCUCCCCUUCCUUGGUUUCUUAUAAAAAACAUUUAAAAAACUGCGAUUCCCCAGUAAUUCUUUUUAUUUCUCUCUGUAUUCCUUCCAAAGUCACCUUUUAACUGCUUGAUUUUAAAUUAUUCCUGUUAAUGUAUUUAAUUGUUUACAAUAAUUUUUAGAUAAUCCACAUAUCUUCCCCGUACUUUCUUGAUUUCUUAAUCUUCCCAUAGGUUUUGCCAUUUCUGCAUAGUCCAUCAACUUUACCUUGCCAUUCUUCCUUUGUUGGGACAGUGUCCUCUUUCAGUCUCUGUGCAAAGAGCAUCCUAGGAGCUGUGGUUGCAUACAUAAGCAAUUUUGUUGAAUCAGGUUAUUCUUGAUAGGACUGUCCCAUGGAAGGUGGAGCAAACUUGUUCUCUGCUCUGGUGAGUAGGACUCAAAUUAAUGGAUGAACCUUCUGACAGUAAGAGCUAUUUGACACUGGAGCAGACUGUCAUGCGAGGUGAUGGAAUCUCCUUCCUUGGAGGUUUCUAAGCAGAGGCUGGGUGGCCAUCUGUCAUGAAUGCUGUAGCUGAGAUUCCUGCAUUGCAAGGGGUUGGGCUAGAUGACUCUUGGGGUCCCUUCAAACUCUAAAAUUCUAUGAUUCUAAGAAGAAGAAGAAGAAGAAGAAGAAGAAGAAGAAGAAGAAGAAGAAGAAGAAGGGUAGUAGUAGUUUGGAUUUGAUAUUCCACUUUAUCACUACCUGAAGGAGUCUCAAAGUGGCUAACAUUCUCCUCUUCCUUCCUCCCCCACAACAAACACUGUGUGAAGUGAGUGGGGCUGAGAGACUUCAGAGAAGUGUGACUAGCCCAAGGUCACCCAGCAGCUGCAUAUGGAGGAGCAGAGACUCGAACCCGGUUCCCCAGAUUACGAGUGUACUGCUCUUAACCACUACACCACACUGGCUCAAUGUAACAAAUGAGGAGUUAGGUUAAGUAAACAACUAAACAAUUAUAGACACCCUCUGUAUUAAAAGUGACAGUUAAUUAUACAUUACCAGCACUGCCCUGAUAAGCAAAUUGAAAACUCAGAGUAACUGGAAAUCACUGUUGCCAAGAAUAAAUAUUUAUGAAGUUCUGUUGGCUGGAAAGUUGCAGUGCAGACACCUAAAAUAUGUUUGUAGAAAUAGUGUUUUAAAUUUGACCUUUUAUUUUUCCAAGAAAUACCAGACUGAAAAUAUGCCAUGUGAAAACUGUGCAGAAUCGAUCUUAAAAAUAACAGCUGUCUUUUUUUGCUGCCACCUGCAGUGUUGAUGAUUUCAAGGGAAAGUGUGUGUAUAAUAUUUGUACUGUGAUCGAUGAGCAUAUUUUUUGCCAGUUAUUUUUAUUGAUGUUCCAAAUUAUUGCAAAUUGUAACUGAAUGAAUUCAAUUUAAUACAGUUUCCAAAACCAGUUUCCCGCUCUUGUAAUGAUGAGCAGAUUUGAAUUAGGUUGCUAACCAACAUUAUGAGGUCACCCCGUCUUCCAUUUUAACAGCCACUUUUAUUAGUGAAUGUCUAAAAGUAUAGCAAUUUAAUAUGCCCUUGCUUUUUACUGAGUUAUGGUUGGUAAGCAUCUUUGGAUUAAGGAGAGCCCCUUCCCCUCCACAUUAUCUUAAUUGUUUCUGCUUAGGCCUAUGUGAAAGAAGGAGCAGAAUAGCUUGAGACCCAGCCAGAUGGGCGGGGUAUAAAUAAUAAAAUAAUAAAAAUGAGUAAAAGGAGGUUUAUUUUGCUCUGUGAAUCCAGUCUCCAGAGUAGCUAGUGGGUUAAAGGUUUGCUAAUGAUGUUCUGUUUAACUCUUACUUUGACUUCCUCCUUCUUAUUGUGAAAGGUUAGAUAUUGUUCUGUAUUAAGACAAUGGCAUGAAAGAUGGUUCUUUAAAAAUAAAUAAAUGGAAAAAAAGGAUUUUGGACCUUAAAUAUCUAUGACAACUUCUGUUAAAAGCCCAGGGAGAGUGCCUUCUAAAUAUACACAGUUGGCAUGUGCAAUUGUUGACCUGAUUUCGUUUUAAUUACACUUGGCAUGGCAGCCAUGACUGACAGGUAAUUCAUUAUGUAAAAAGCUGUAAUAUGUUUCCUAAUAAGACAUUAACAGCAGGGAGUUGGGAAACCUGAGCUUCCCUGUCCUGUAACCGAGAGAAGGAUAAAAACUGCUUCAAAUGAUCAUCUUGGGCUGUUUUACUCACACACCUAGAAAGUGUUCAACUAAACCCAGCAUUGCUUGCUGGGCUUUGCUAUGCUUCAGCUGGCACAAAGCCAGGGCUCUGUUUAAUGUAUGCAGAGAGUUAGAAAAGAAAGUCAGGCAGAUUUUUCUUCUUGCUAACACCCACCAACACAUAGGCCAAUUUGUGGUCCAUCAGAUAUUGCUGAACUAGGUGAAGGUAAAGGGGCCCCUGACCAUCAGGUCCAGUCGUGUCCGACUCUGGGGUUGCGGCGCUCAUCUCGCUCUAUAGGCCGAAGGAGCCGGCGUUUGUCCGCAGACAGCAUGACAAAGCCGCUUCUGGCGAACCAGAGCAGCGCAUGGAAAUGCCGUUUAACUUCCCGCCAGAGCGGUCCCUAUUUAUCUACUUGCACUUUGAUGUGCUUUCGAACUGCUAGGUGGGCAGGAGCUGGGACCGAGCAAUGGGAGCUCACCCCGUUGCAGGAAUUCGAACCGCCGACCUUCUGAUCAGCAAGCCCUAGACUCUGUGGUUUAACCCAUAGUGCCACAACUCCCAUAAUCCUGGGUCAUCAGCCAUGCUUGAUGGGGCUGAGUUCAACAUCUGGCAGACUAAAGGUUCCCCACCUUUGACAUAAAGCAUUUGCUCAGAACUAAAUUUUUCAUUUUAAUUGCUGAUUCAUAGCUCUCCAGUUCCCAGAUGCAUAUUGCUUCGGUAGGUUUUGCCAUUUCGUCAUAGUCCAUCAAUUUAAUCUACUACUCUUCCCUAAAACUGAAGGGAGAUCCUGGCAAUGAGCCAGAGUGAAAACUCUUCAUUGUUUUGGAAUUUCAAGAUUAGUUAAAUAUACCAUUGCGGCGGUGGGGUACCUACUGUUUUCACUGGUGGUGAAAUUUGGUGACCUGGCUAGAUGUGACUGACUUUCUGUAUCAACCACAAGCUGUUUAAUGGUUUCUUUGGCCUGUUCAUAGCGCAUGCUGAGUAAAAGCUAUGGGGUAAGACCUAGAGUUAACGUUUUGUCUACCACUGCUCAUUUCCAUGUUGUUUGAAAGUCUCCCUUUAUCAUUAGGAAGGCAAGGCCAUGUGGGUAAAAGGAUAGUCUAAGCCAGAAAUUAAGUGUGGCCGUCCACACCCUAGCCUCUGCUCUUACAAGGCCUGUCUCAAGACACAUUUGAGACAUAUUUUGGCACUUGAAAAGCUGAUUUUAGAAACUUAGAUUGCAGUAGUUCCAGUGAUAUGAGAUUAGUGAAGGGGCCUAGCUGGGCACCAUAUAAAAGCUGCAUGAUGGACUUGGCUUCAAACAGUUUAAGGGUUGUGGGUAUAUAAUGUUCUUCUUUGGUCCUACGAUAUUUAAGUAUGGCAGUUGCACUUCUCUUUGUAUUCUCAGCAGCAUAAUCCCCAUGGGCUUUUCUGCUGCCAAUGCUUUCAUAGCUCUUCUAAGCCCUAUGGGUGUUCUUGAAAGAAUUGCUGCAUCAUCUGCAUGCAGCAGGACUGGGAUAUGCUUCCCUGCCAAUUUUGGGAGGUGAUAAUUCAUUUUAUGGAGAAAAGAUACCAUAGCAUUAGUAUAGAAAUUAAAUAAAAGUUGAGCCAGUAUGCACCUUUGUUUGGCACCUUUCUCAGUUCCAAUAGUGUUGGAAAGAUGCCCCUGGGGGUUGCAUUGCACUUUGAGCAUGAUCUCUUCAUGUAGCCUGCAUAUUAUUAAAUAUAGCAAGUGCCUGUCGAGUUUAGAGACCUCCAAUUCCCCCCCAAAGUUUGGCUCUGGGUAUGGAGUCAAAGGCUGCUUUAAAAUAAAUAAAUGCAGCAUAAAGGGAGACUGUGCUACAAAAAGAAGACUUAGGACAGGCAAAAGAAAGUCCUUCAGGCAGUGCUUAAACUGUGAAACUCACAGGAGGCUGGGAUGGCCACCAACUUGGAUGGCUUUAAAAGAGGAUUGGACUAAUUCAUGGGGGAAGAAGGCUAUUGAUAGCUACUAGCCAUGAUGGCUAUACUCUGCCUCUACAAUUAGAGGCAGUAAUUUUUCUGAAUACCCGUUGCUGGAAAUCGCAGGAGAAGAGAGUGCUCUUGUGCUUGGACCAGCUUGUGUGUUCCCCACAGGCAGGGCUUUUUCUUCAGCCGGAACUCAGUUCUGGCACCUCUCAGGUGGGUGCCAUUGCCAUUAUAAGAGAACAAGGGAGGUACCUCUUUUUCUGGCAGUGCCCACCGGCACCUAUGAGAACAGGGUGCUGAACUAGAUGGGGCAUUUUGCCUGAUCCCACAGACUUUUAUGUUCCUAUGGGAAGUCCCCCCCCCCAAGUCUCUGGAGCAGCUGUUGGAGGAUGGAGGUGCACAGGGUGCUGCAGAUGGGAAGAGAGGAGAAGGCAAAGUCCCAUUGUGAGAGCAGUGCUCUGUUCCCAGAGAAGGAUGAAAGAAUUUAGCACAAAAACAGGAUGGCUGAACUUUAGGUGAUAGUCUUAUGAUGUCUGGUGGUCUCACCAUGCUGAGUAGUACCGGUAGUACCCAAUAUUUUGCCUCUGAUAAUGAUUCUUGCUUCUCUGGAUGGAGGGCAGAGAGGGCUGUGUGCCUGUGUAUAGAAACUAGUCUCUUGUGCUAAGGCAGAAUUUACAGUCAGUGCUUUGCCUGCUUUUGCCUCUGGCUCCACCCAUUGCUUGCAAGAUGUCCUCUGGAGAUCGUCCAAAUGGCUUUGAGACUGUAAAGUGUCCUUCACCCCCCCACCCCGCCCACUGCUAUUGGAUUGCAGCAACCUUAAAUGUUUUCUUUCAGGGACAGGAAGGUUGUGGUUUUCCUUUCCCUCCCCCUAUAAUCUACUCAGUCAGAUAAUGAGUGGGUUGGGCUAGGGGAGAAAAGAGAAGCUGGAAACAACGGCUAAUGCGCUGUGCCGAUAAAAAGCUAUCAUGGCUCAACAUUGCUUUAUGUUCCCAUCCUGGAUAAAAUAAUGCUGAUACAACAUUUUGUAAUCAAAACAUCCAAAGGCUGAAUGUUAUUACAUUGCACAACAGAUUCCGUCCCCCACCUGACUUGAAACUCUGCAACAUCAUAGGAGAAGGGAAUGAUCCAGCUUUUCACGGUGAGGCACCCGUGCCCUUUCAAACUGGCAAACUAUCUUAUUUCUCGGUGUAUUUGUCUGUCAUGAGAACCACUCAUUCUCAUUCUGCUGGUCUUUAGUUGGGAAGGAGUGCCAGUUCACAAGAGAAAGAAGUUCAUGAGUCGGAAUAAACAUUUGGAUAAAGUACAUGUAGUACUUGGAAAUAAAACCUGUAAUUUGGAUUCACUUAUUUCAGCUUUAACAUAUGCCUAUUAUCUUGAAAAGGUCAGUCCACCUAAUAUUCUGUGCUUGCCUGUACUGAACAUACCAAGAAGAGAAUUCUGCUACUACACAGAAACGAGGUUUAUUUUGGAGGAACUGAAUCUCCCAGAGUCUCUCCAUACCUUCUGUGAUGAAAUCAAUUUGUAUCAGCUGAACAAUGAAGGGAAAUUGUCUCUUACACUUGUGAACAGCAGUGCACUAACAAGUGAAGAUAGAAAUUUGGAACCAGCUGUUGUCAGAGUCAUCAACCCUGAAGAGCGAUGUGAUGGCAACCUGGAGACCUCGGCGUCCUCUUCCUCUCUGGUAGCAAAGGAGAUUCUCCAAGAGGCACCAGAGUUAAUCACUCGGCAACUGGCUCAUCUUCUCAGAGGGAGCAUCCUCUCUUUAGCCAUGGAUCCUGAACAAAUUACUGGAGAACAGGAAGAAGUGCUUUCAAAGUUAGAGGAGAAAUUCCCAGAGCUGCUGCCUCGAGAGGAUAUUAUCACCGCUCUACAGGAAGUUCAUCUCCAUGCUGAUGGGCUAAGGAUUGAGGAGGCCAUGCUCAAGGAUCUAAAAGAGGUGUCCGAUGGAGAAAUCAAAGUAGCUGUUAGCACUGUGUAUAUGAAUUUGGAGGACUGCCUAUUUCACAGAAACAUGACCGGAGAUCUAAAAGCGUUUGUAGAUAAGUAUGGUUUUGAUGUCCUUGUCAUUUUGGCCAGCUACUUAUCAGAAGAAAGGCAAGAAAAAAGGCAGAUAGCAGUUUAUUCAGAAAACAUGGAGCUGGGAAAUCAGAUUUGUUGUGAAUUAGAAGAAUGUCAGAAUCCUUGCCUAGAACUGGAUCCUCUGGAAUAUGGAUGUGAUCAAUUCCUCAUUUAUCACCAAGAAAAUUCUUCAGCCAAUUGCGAUGAAAUUUUCCUGCUAAUGAAAGACGUUAUCAGCAGGAGACAUCCAGAAAUGGCACCAAACAGUAGAACAUCUUCCACUGAAGCAGUUGCUGGAAGUGCUCCACUUUCCCAAGGAUCUUCUGGUGUUAUGGAGCUGUAUGGCUCUGACAUUGAGCCACAGCCAAAUGUUGUCAACUUUAUAGAGAACCCUCAAGAUCAUAAUGGAUCUGUCCAAGCCCAUGCUGAUGCUAAUGUAGAUCUUGUGAGUCCUGACAGUGGGCUUGCUACUAUUAGAAGCAGCAGAUCUUCUAAGGAGAGCUCAGUUUUUCUUAGUGAUGAUAGCCCAGUAGAAGGAGCAGCAUCUCAUCACAGUUUCCUUUCCGGUUUUGAUUCCUAUAGUCCCAUUCCUGAAGGAGCAGUAGCUGAAGAAGAAAAAUCUGAGCCUAGGAAUGGCAGCAACAAUUUUGAUCUAUUCAACUUCGAUUUAACACCAAUGGCUACAGUUCAGAUGGAUUCUUCUCAUUCUGUGGACUGUUCCCCUCCUGAUGACUUCUCCCAUGACAGUGGUUCAUCAGAAGGACAACCACCAACUGACUCAAAAGUAAUUAAUGAGACAAAUCUAUCAAAAUGUGACAUUACAAAUUAUUCAACUGAUUUACCAAUGACAAGAAAGGAAGAAGAUGACACAAUAAAAUUUAAUGAGUGUAGCCACUGGCAAGAACAUCCUAGUAUGGUAGACCUAGAAAAUGACUCUUCCUCUCACCCUAAAGUGUUGAACAAUGUUGAGAGGAGAACUCCACCAAUCUCUAUGACCAGCCGUGUGGAAUCUCCACCUUUAGAUGAUGGGCCAUCUUUAUUUUGCCCACAAGAUAUAAUUAAAGAAAAUAAUGAAACUGAUCAUGUAAACAGUUCUCAGUCUCGUACAAGAUAUGGGAGCUGGUGGGAUGGGUUUCAAAUAGAUCCCAAAAAUGCUGUUACGUGGAGUUCAACUGAACCAGAAUCUGUAUUUCAGAGUCCUGAUUCAUGGAAAGAAUAUAAAACAAAUCUAUUACUGAAAGAGCAGACUGAUAGAAGAGCUUCAGACUCAGUCUGUAUACAAGAGCAGCAGAAGCGUAUGGAUUUUUCAGGAGCAGGUAUUUGGGAGAACAAGUUUGGUGCUGCCCAAGUUAAGCAGGAUUUGGGAUGCCAACAAAAAGACAAUGACCAACCAAUGGAGGACUUUGCUAGCAUGUGGAAUACCAGCCAACCAGUUCCUGCAAUUCCUGGUCCCUGGGGUAAUACCAAUAGUAAUGGUGGACACAUCAACACAAAUUCACCUAAUGUUUGGGCAGAAAUUGAUCAUGAUGGUUCUGGACAUUCAGAACGUACAUGGAAUGUUCCUCAGGUAGAUUUUGAUCAUAGUUCCCCAAUGAAACUUGAUACAUGGGUUAUGUCCAACUGUUCACCAGAACACUCUGAAUGCAAUGAUUCUGAACAUCUAAACAGUCAAGUAGACCUAGGAUCAAAGAACGAAGGACAAGAUAGUUCAAUAAAAAACAACAGAAUAUAUGAAAAUGCAAAUAAUGAUACGAGUGGUAUGCUGAAGAAUGUUAAAUCGGCUAUGGAACACCAAAGGGAUACUGUACUUAAACCCAAAGAAUUUGAAAAUACCAAUGGAUGGGCCAUGUAUGACACAAACAUUAGAAAAGAGGCACUUGGAAACCUUGUCUCUUGGGAAGACCCCUUCCUGUCAUAUAGAGAAUCAGACUUUAACACCUCAAAUACAUGUGAUGAUUUGAUUGUUUCUCCACCAGAUACAAAUUAUUCAACAUCUGACUCAUAUGUAUCACCAACAGGGGUUGGAGAUGAAAAAGAGAGUGAGGGCAAACAUUAUGAGCCAAUCUUGGAUCAAAUGGUAAACAUAAGCUCAGGUGAACCUGAAACAUACAAUUUUGGAGAUUUGAAAUUACCACAAACAUCAGCUGUAUGUUCCACUGAUUCUGACUAUGGAAGUAGAGGCCCUGGGGAAGCACCACUUAAUAAUAAGAACCAACUGGAAGCAGUACAUUCUAAAACUACUAUUAUGAAAAAUAUUGAUUUACUUGAUUUGAAACAAAAAGGUGCUUCAUAUUUUUCAGAUGACUACUGUGAUAAUGAAAGUAGUCCUUCUUCUGAAGACUGUGGAAUAAUGACGUUUUAUACAGAGAAAAAUAGCCACUCAGCUCUAAAUAAUACCAUAGAUAUUGGAGGGGGAAAUGCUGAAGUAAGUAGUGGUGUCAUCCUUGAGGACAAAAAUGACAUGGAGAGAACAUUUUCAGUCAGUGAUCAAGUAAAAAGAAACAAACAAUCAGAGCAGAACACCAGACUUCUAGAUAAACAGUUGAACCAGUGGGAUGAACAGCUUCAAUACAAUCAACAGACUGGAUUAGAGCACAGUGGCAUCUUUUCUGCCUCAAAGCAAGUAGUCAAGCAAUGUCAAAGAACAGAUGAGGGAAGUGGGCAAGUCACCCUUGAAAAUAUUAGGAAUGAAAUGAUGCAAAAUGACAAUAAACACUUGAUCCUUCCACUCCCUCUCUCAUCUAGUAAUAGUUCAGAGGAAAGCAGGGCAAUUUUUGGCUCUCCCAGGUCACCAGAAAAAACAAGAUGUAGUGACAGUCUAGAAAAUGUAGUAGCAGAGCCAGAGGAAAUAAGCCUACUAUUUUCCAAUGAGACUCAUCCUGUCAAUGAGGAAAAGAAGGGUGGAUCUCUAGAUAGCAAUGCAGAAUAUUUUGCUACAUCUCUCAAAAAAGAAAACAAGCACCCAAUUCAUAGCCUUGACAUGGAUGCUUUCCCAAAAUACAGUUUAAAUGUGUUAUCCCCAUCUGAAAGUUUGGAUAGGGAACUAUCUGCACAGAAGAUCCCUGAGAAGGAGAGUGCAUCCCCAAGUUCCCCUAGAGGAGAAUACCAUCAAGGAAUGCAUUAUCCAGAGUUGGCUGAACAUCAAGAUGUAUGGGAUAAAUUGGAGGAACGUAUCUCUAAGUCAGAGCCAUCAAGUUGUUUGCUACAUGAUGAAUUGCCAAUACCAGUAGGAGAACAUCAGGAACAUCAGGAACUUGAUGAGUCAAUUCCUAACUUGAACAUUCAUAAAUUUGAUUUGGAAACUCCUGAAAAUGUUUCUGGAAUGCUUAGCAGUCACGGAGCAUCUUUAGAGGAUAAAAAUCAAGAGAGAUCAGUGGAAAUUCAAUGGGAUUCAUAUACAGAAUAUACAAUGGAUAAGCCUAGAACAAAUGAUUUGUUGUCAAAUGGUAUGGAUUCUUCGCAUGAUAGUGAAACUUCUGAAAGCGGGGAGUCUGAGAAUAAGCUUUCAAAUGAGAAAUGUAUUGAUAUUAUGCCUCAUCAUGAGUUGUCCCAUAUUCUAGAUGCCUGGAAUGUAUCGAUGGAUGAACAAGCACAGUCUGUUGGAAUAAGCCCGAAGAUAAAUGAAGCACUUGAAGGGUCAGAUACCAUGUAUAAUUUUCCAGAAGAUAUUCCUAUCAAUGACACCUAUUACAAAGAAGACACCACUUGUAGUUGUUCCAUUGACUAUACACACUCAAGUGCAACCACUCCCGAUACAAGUGAUUUUUCUACAAAUGUGCAUAUUUGGGAUAGCUUGCAGGUAGCUAAUAAUCAAAAAGAAAAUGAAGAAUCUUGGGACAUCACAACUGAUGGUGAGGAAGCAUCUGGAAAAGAGUUACCUGAGAAUAAAAGCCAAGAAGAUUCUGAAACAAGCACUGAACACAAAGUGCCGAAAAACUUAGAGCUUUGGAAUGCUCAUGUGGAUGAUGAUACAGUAUCCUCAUUAUCAAGUCCUGGAAUUGAUGUAGAUUCAGAAUAUUUUAAUAUGCAAGAGACAGGAACACAGUCAGCUCUACAUCCUAACAGACUAGAGACUGACACACAAGGGCAAGAAUCUGUUCGGCCUCAUGAAACAAACCUUGCAGUUGAUUCAGAAAGUUCAAGCAUUCAGUCUCAUUUCAAGGAAAAUGUCCAAGUAGUCACAUUAAAUGAAAGUUCAGAAAAUCUUAAUGCCUUUGACACUUCAAUGGAGGAUUAUGUUCAUGAAACGUCUGAAUGUUCAGCACAUUGGGAAACAAUUCAGGAUGAAGCAGAUGACAAUACUCCACAAAUGUCUGAUAUAAAUCAUGAAGAAAACCAUGGCCCAAAGAAUUCAGAUGCUUGGGAUGUAAUAAUGCAAGGUCAUUCUGAAACCACAUUAGAUAAAAAUAAAAAACCCAUAGUGGACAAUCUUAGAUUUCCAGAUGAUUCCUCAGAAUGGUGGAAUUUACCAAGCCAAGAUGAAAGUUCAGUGGAAGGUGCACAAUUUUAUUCUGAUAAUGAUUUAAAAACUAAUGACACAGUCACCAUUACACAUGGUGCAAUGCAAAUGCACACAGAAAAAAAUGAAAAGCAAAAAGAACAAAAUUUUCAUGAUGCUGCUAAGUUUGAAAAUGAGUCUACUCAAGAUAACAGUGAAUGUGAAUGCAGAAAUGGAGCAAACUCGCUGGCUAACAAAGAAGAAGAGUUAGAUCAAGGUACUGUGAAUUUUGAAGAGUGUUAUCCACUGUCACCAUCCUGUGAGGAUGAAGGGGGUGUAAAACAAGAAUCCUCUGUUACUAAUGUUAAAGAUCAAGACACUCUUAGACACCCUGUUCCAGAAGACUGGCAAUCAAACCUAUUGAACGCACUUGCUCAGGUCGAUCCAACACUUGGUCUGCUAAGAGAUAAAAUGAAUGCAGCAUCCAUCAAUCCAAAUGAAGUAAAUGUAAAUCCAUUAGAUAAAAAGGAAACCAGUGAACAAUUUCCAUCUAAUACCGCACUACCUUUAAAACCAAUAAGGAAACCUAGCCCAAGAUGUGAUGAAGUUCCACAGGAAAAUUCAUUUGUUCCAGAUAUAUUACAAAACAACAACCCUAGUGAUUGCCAGGCAUUUACUGUUGAUCCAGAUUUGUGGACUAAUGUUGAACAGCCUUUCAUCUUGAGAACAAAUGGUGAAAAUCCUGAUAUAUUAAGUCACUGUGAUCAAGACAGCAGUUCACAGGCCUCAAGCAGCCCUGAUGUUUGCAAUGAAUAUGAAAACAAGGAAACUUGUGCCCAAUCUUCUGUUCUAACUGAACCUGAAGAAGCUAUUCAGAUGUCUUCCAUGCUGUCAGAAAUAUACAAAGACAUAGACGUAGUCUUUAAUCAGCAGCUGGCAAUUGACAGAGAAGAAUUAUGUGGUGAAAGUCUGUGUCUUGAUUAUGAGACAAGUGUUGGUGAGUCCUACAAAGUAACACUUGCUGGAAAUGAGGAGUUAUCUGAAACUGGAGAGGAAACUAUUAUGCGGGAAUCUGACAUAGCAAAUAAAACUACUACUGAACUAGAGGAUCCGCCAAGUUCCUGUAGUGAAAAUUUGGAAGCAGAACUCAUAAAUCAGGAAAGCAAUGCAUAUGAAAAUAAAACCUUUGAAGAACAGGAAGAUGCAACUUCCUCAGACAAAAUGAAGUCUAUGGAUCCUGCUGUUCCCCUGGUUUCACCUACAGGGAUGGAUGAUCAGCUGGAAGCAUCAGAUAUGCAGAGCAUCAGUAAGAUGUCAGUUGCCACUAAACCGUCUGCCACACUGAAUGAAAGUAAUCCCAUGACAAUCUUAGACAAUCAAUCAGAGAAAAGAGUAGAAAUCAAUGAAAUAUUCAGAAAGAAACAUUCAUUGCAAGCCUCCCUAGAAGAAGAAAAUGAAGAUUUCCUCUAUGGUGCAGAAAGUCAAUAUGCCACUAAUAUUCUACAAGAACCUGAAAAUUUGCAGGAGAAUAAUAGCCCAUGGGUUGUAGGAUCACUCACAGAACAAUCACCACUUGCAUGUACUUCUCCAUUUGAUGUAUCAUUUGGUCAUGAUUACACUCUUCAGAAAGGUGGCGUGAACAAUUCAGAAUGUGGCACUACUGAUAUCAAAGGUGAGGUUCCAGAAUAUUCUCAAGCAGAUCAAGGUUGGGAAUCACUGUUAGUAGAAUCUGACGGGACUCCUGGAUCUUCAUGCACUUUGAAAAAAUUUGAAUAUGAAACAGAUUCAAGUAGUAUUGAAUCACCCACGUGUGUCAAUGAAAUUAAUCAUUCAGAAUCUAUAGCUACUGAUGUCAACAAUGAGGUUGCAGAAUGUUCUCAAGAGGGUCAAGUCUGGGGAUCAUUUCUGUUAGAAUCCAGAGAGACACCUGAAUCACCAUAUGCUUUAAAAGAAUUCAAAUAUGAAACAGAUUCAAGUAAUAUUGAUUUAUCAGGUGCUGGAAGUGCAAGGAAUAUUUCAGAAUCUAAGCCUAGUGAUUCCAAUGGUAAAACUGGGGAAUGUUCUCAAGAAGAUCAAGAUUGGGGAUCUUUAUUGUUAGAACCUGAAGUGACUCCUAAGUUGACUGAUUUUUUGAAAGAAUUUGAAUAUGAAGCAGAAUCAAAUAAUAUUGAUUCACCAGCAGAUGGGGUCAUAAGCAUAGCCAAUGAAUCUAUCUGUUAUACACUUCAUAAUGCGAGUGAAGGGUGCAAGUCCACAGAUAAGUCAGAGAUGAUAAGACCAGAAAGAAAGGAAAAUACAACUAUGAAAGAAGCCGAAGAUCAAUCUUCACUAGAGAUGGAUUAUGUCCUCAUUACUGGCGGAGAAACUGUAUCUUUGAGGAAGGAUAUCUUGGGAACACAAGAAAGUAAUUUCACUUCACAGGAAGCUACAGCAGUAGAACAAACGAAUUCUCUUGAAACCUUUUCAGCAGAAACCUCGGAUACAUUUCAGUCGCUCUCCAUAAUAAAUGAAAGUGAAGGGCAGUCUGCUCUGGAGACUGAAUGGGAAUCUUUCUAUUUGGCAGAGAAAAGUUCUGCUGUUGUGCCUCAAAAACUGGGAGAUGAAAAGAAAUCACCCAGAAGCCCUGCGCAAGAUCAGGAAUGGACUAUGGUGGGCCAAAACGGAGUGAAUGAUAUAUCACCUGAAGAAAACUGUAGCAUAGACACAAUAGAGUCACAAUCUAGACACCCUGUUGAAGAAUUAGAAGGUGUUUUACGCCAGGAAUUGAUCUGUGAGACACAAGAUGAAACUCUGCUAGAGAGAAACUCUCACAAAUCUGGGCAACAAGAGGAUGGGAAAUCACACAAUAGAGGGACAGAUGCUCUUUUAUUGCAAGUUGUUGCUGGUGAAUUGGAUGUCCUUUCAGAACAUCAUUCUGUCAAUGGUAUGGUAACAGAACAAGAAGCAGAAGAGGAGACCCAAUUUGUUGGCAGUGAAAGAGAACUCAGUCCUGUAACAGGAUUGAUAUCGGAGGAUGUUGGAAUGGAUAUCCCUUCUAAUGAGACUAUUCUAGACUCCAGUGCUACAGAGAUGAGACCUGAACCUCCCAAUUCUCUAGAUAUCGACGGUUCCAACCCCAGAAGGAUAAAACUCACAGCUCCGAAUAUCAAUCUCUCUUUGGACCAAAGUGAAGGAUCUGUCCUUUCUGAUGAUAACCUGGACACUCCGGAUGAAAUUGACAUCAAUGUAGAUGACCUGGACACACCAGAUGAAGCAGAUUCUUUUGAAUAUGCUGGGCAUGCUAAUGAGAUAAACUGGGAAGAAGAGCAGCCGGCCAUUAAGGAAGCUUCCCAAGAGGAAUCUGAAGCCAUCCCAGAAUAUACUGCUGAGGAAGAGCGAGAAGACAACCGGUUAUGGAGAACAGUUGUCAUUGGAGAACAGGAGCAGAGGAUCGAUAUGAAAGCCAUUGAGCCUUAUAAAAGGGUCAUUUCUCAUGGAGGAUACUAUGGGGAUGGUCUAAAUGCCAUCAUUGUGUUUGCUGCAUGUUUUCUGCCAGACAGCAGUCGAACUGAUUACAACUAUGUCAUGGAAAACCUUUUCCUAUAUGUAAUAAGUACCUUGGAGCUCAUGGUUGCUGAAGACUAUAUGAUUGUUUACUUGAACGGAGCCACACCAAGGAGAAAGAUGCCAGGACUGGGAUGGAUGAAAAGAUGUUACCAGAUGAUUGACAGGCGGUUAAGGAAGAACUUGAAAUCCUUCAUCAUUGUUCACCCCUCUUGGUUUAUCAGAACAAUUUUAGCAGUGACACGGCCUUUCAUAAGCUCAAAAUUCAGCAGUAAGAUAAAAUAUGUGAGCACUUUGGCAGAGCUCGGUGAAUUAAUUCCAAUGGAAUAUGUAAAUAUCCCUGAAAGUAUUGCCAAGUAUGAAGAAGACAGGUCCUUUCAGAGAAGAGUAAGAGCAAGCUGUCUUUCAAAUGAGCCAGAAAUAACUUCAGUCCAGCAGGAGAUUGACAUGACGUCGAAAGGAAAUUCCUAACUUCCUUGGCAAAGUGGAGAAGAGAAUUUUCAUUUGUUUGGUGUGCCUGGGCCUCGAGGAUGGGGACAAUUUGGGUUUCUCAUUUGAGCACAAUCCUCGAGGAUUACCCCUGUGUACCAGCCUGUUGGUGCAACAAUAGUUCCUGGUAGAUUGCAACCUUUGUUCUCUGAUCACUCAGUGCCAUUCAGAGUUUUUUGAAGUAAUAUAUAUGGCAGCAACGUGCAGAUUUGUGCAUUACCUUCAGAAGUGUUACCUGCAAUAUGCAUUUUUCCCCAGUUCUGAAUUUUGCCAUCAGUGUGCCUCAUCCGUGAUUCUGUACGUUUGAUUUAUUGUUGCAUUUUGGCUUCAGCGUAUUAACAUAUCUGUGCCAAGUUACGUUAGAAAUGUUAGUUUCCCUAUAACAAGGCCCCAGUCCAGUGUAUUGGGCUCAAUGGGCUCAAUGAGGCACACAGAAUUCUGUGCAAGGAGAUACUCAGAUUGCUCCCUUCCUUGCUUUAUGAAAGUACAAACACACAUUGCUUCUUAGAAGAAUUUGCGGAACUUGAGCUCACAUGGAGCAUUACAAGUGCUUCAGAGACUUCCGUGAUCUUGCCACCAUUAACUAUAAUUCCACUCCUUUGUUCACAAAAAAUUCUUAGUGCUUUUCUUUCUUUCACUAUAUCUCAAUAGCAGGCACUAUGCAGGACUACAGUAUUCUUGAUCACAAUAGUGCCAUGAAUAACAGGGAUGGAAUUUCCCCCACUUAAUUUUAUGUGUUGUUAAGGAAACAGGAAGUCCCCAGAGAAGGUAAUGCUUGCAGAAGCAAAGGAUAUUCCUUGCCUGAAUGAGAACAUGUAUGGACCUCAGUGAGAUUCCAGACUGAAAUGAUGGCAACAUAUGCUGAGGUCAUCAGAUAGUAUGCUGAGAUAUCAGCCUCAAAGAGAAAAUAAAGGUUCUCUUUUAAUUUGAUUGCUGUACCAGUUGUCACCACUAACAAAGUACCAAAUUCAAAACUUCAUGCUAACUAAAGUACUGCACAGUAACAAACACCCCUCUGUUGAGAAGAAAAACCCUAGCACUUCUAAAACACACUAGUUUAUUUUCAAAUGGUGGUGGCCAAUUAAUUAAUUUGCCAGGUUGAAAAUAGAAUGCUGAGUUGUGUGGGUCUUAUUUAAUCAAAAAGUGGAUGCUAUUAGACAUAACAUGUUCAUAGUAGCUCUUUGUAAUAAAUUUAGUCACUAGUUAUUGUCAUCUUACUCCAGAAAUAUAACUUCAAAUAGAUAAAUCAAUAUCCUGUAUUACUAACCAUCAUUUGUCAUUAGUCAUCUGUAGUUGUUAUGACAGGCAGGUAGUGGUUGCCAUUAUCUCCAUUCACAUAUACUUCACAUUCACCUUGAAUAAUACCUUGUCUUCCCCCCCCCAAAUAAUAUUUAUUGAUUUUCAUAUAUUACAAAUUACAAAAAUUCACAAAAACACACAAAAAACAAGAAUUAAAACAUGAAAAAGGAAAACAUAUCAAUUCUAACAUUUUAAUUAACAUUGUAGACUUUCUCGAUUCCCCUGGCACUGGGUCCAUUUUUAACUCCAAAUUAAGCAAUUUUCAUUUAUUAUCUUAAAUCAUUCUAACACAUUUUUUUCAUUAUCUCACAACUAUUUCUUUUCUUAAAAGCUUCAACUAUCUUCCACCCAUAAUUCAUCUUAGUCCAAAUCUAAAUUUAUUUCCCCAUCCAUCUAUCCUCUAUUUCUUCCCUUAGCCUCAAAUUUAUACCCAAAAAUUUUCCAUACAUUCAAAUAUUAUUUCUUUUAUCAUAAUAACAUUUAAACACUUAAAUCUAAUUCAGCCCCCCCCCCUGGACUCAGGGUCUCCCAGAUGAAUCAGCCAGUUCCAUAGGUCAUUCCAAUUUUGGGCCAUCUUGAUCAGUAAAAAAAAUAUCCAUUAUUACUCCUCACCCCACUCCUGCUCUUUCACCAUCUAUCCACCAAUCUCCCUUCUUCGUCCCCUGCUGCCUCCCCAAUUUCCUAGCUGUUGCACCACAGCUUUUUAGCCCUGUCUCAAUUUUGGUUCCCCUUAAGUUCUGGCCCCAGCAUGGAUCCUGUCCUCCCUCUCUCACUGUGAGCGCAUUAUUCCAUGCUAGUUCUUCUUUGAAGGUUCUUUGAAUCAAGCAUGAGUCCUGUUCCCCCCCCCUCUCACUGAGGGAACAAUGUUCCAUGCAGCUUUUUCAUCAUCUUUAAAUUCUAUUACUUUGUCCAUGGCUGAUGAUUGUUCAUCUUGCUUCAUACUUUGUUGGGAUUAGUCCUUUUUCACUUUCCGCACAGUUCUGUUUUAUUUUGUCAAUCUGUACAGCAUUCUGAUACAGUUCACUUUUAAAAUCCAAAAGCAAUUCCAAAAGUUCCUUUUGAAAGUCAAUAAAGUCAGAUGAUGAUGUGUCUACUGACAUCCUGGUCGUCUCCAAUUUCGUGGGAACAGCACAGAUUACAGCACGAAAUGGCGCAGUUCGUAUUUCCAAACUUCAAAAACAGAAAUUAUGCCCGAUCUGGUUACAAACUCUCAUUUUAAAUUCUUCUUCAUAUCUUAAAAUUCAUAUAUCCAUUAAUGAAAAGAGCAUAUGUCAAACUUCUUAUUCACAACCUUAUAUUUUACGCUCUCUUCAAUGUUGACAGUUUUCAGCCUCAAAGAGUGAUGUCAUAAUGGCGGCUUGCUGAUCCCUCCAGGGACCUGACUCCAGCUUCCAGGGGGACUUUCCCCAGACCAAAUUAAAGAACCUUUACAGGGAUUUUGCAAAGUUCAACCUUUCUCCCCUUUACCCUGCCUUAGGGGAAAAGUUUUAAGUCCGAUUUUUGGUAAUUAAAAACUUCCUGUCAGCUUCCCGGCUUUGGGCAAGUUAACUGCAUCUCAAUUCGCUCAAUGAGGGAAAUCAACUUCCUUUUUUAAUCUCCUCCCGUGUCUAAAUCUUUUCAAUUAAAAUUUUAAAAAGCCUUUUCCUUUACUCACGGUGUCCAAUGUUUUCAAAUCCUUUGAAUCUGGAAAAAUCCACCACUCCACAGGCUGCCGGCUCGGAGCUUCAUGUUGCAAGGGUAGCAGAUUAGCUCAAGGCACCAUGUCUCCACUCUGCUUGCUCUCGGCUCCCUUAAUAGGGCUUACCGGGGAGCGGAGGAGACAGGGGAGCUGAGUCCCCACGUCUCCAGAAUGCUUGAUCUGGAGCUCUUUUGGGGGUCCGUGGCGCUCACAUGGCUCCCCCUCCCUCACAGCGCUAGGGAAUCUCAAAGCUCAAGAUUCUCCUGCCGGUCAGCAAUGGCGGUAGACCCAAAGUCCAAAUAAUACCUUGUCUUAUAGGGAAGGGACCAGUCUGCUAUCCAACAUGCAAGGGGAUGGGUGGCAGAAAGAGGGAAGCUGGGACCUUCUGCAGUCCAUCAUCAAAGCCAUCACUGUUGGCAAGGGAGGUUUCCCCACCAUUUUAAAAUAAUUCCAAACCAUUUCCCUCAUAUGAAGAGUGGCAGCAAGCAAAGAGGUUAACCAAGGGACACUAAAUCUUCCUGUCUUUGGUGAGUUGUGUUUUUGGAGUGUGUGUAAAACUUUGUACCCCUUCAGUUGUAUCUGCAGACCAUUUAUUCCCCCCCCCCCAUAGAAUUCAGUGGGCGCCACUGAAAAUUGAAUCAGCCCAUAUUUUCAUGACUGCACCCCGUUUCUCUUUCAAUUUCUGCCACUAGAGUGUGUGAUGGAGAUUGAACAUUGGGAAUCCACUUACAUAUAUACUGGUUUUGGAUCCAAAGGUUUGCAUUCUCCAAUAGAAGGAGCCUUCUGCCAAUCCAAUAGAAAGAGUCUUCUUCUAAUGGAGUAAGCUCCAUCCAUCAGAGGAAGAAAACCUUCAGAUCCAACACAAUAAGUUGGAUUGUUUAAAAGGAUUGAAAUAGGCUCUGUCAACAGAAAGAAAUGAAGGAAAUAAGAAAGCUCUGUAGUUAAAUGUCAGGGAACAAAUAAUAUUUUGCUGUGUAUCUGAGGUUCCUUGUUUGACAUCAGUUUAUAUGCUGCCUGUGAUUCUUCCUUAAUCUAAGCUUGAAGUUCCAAGAACAACACAUGCCCUGUGUGGUGCCAGCCCCAUAAAGUGCUGAGCACUGAUUCUUAUACAAGAGUGGAACCCAGCUUAGCACCUGACAUUUUAUGUCAUCCUGUAGAAUGAUAAUUUGAAAACUGGAUUGUUCUUCAAAAGAAAUUCUACUUCGGAUGCCAUGGUUUAACAGACAGAGGUUUGAGUUACCUUCCAGGUGCUGAGAGUGUUCCCUGUCUGAAAUUUUCAAUGCCUCCCAUGCCAUGAACUCGUAUUCUUCACAGACAUUAGGACUAUGCAAUACAUAGUCUAUAUUAUAGACUAUACAAGAGUGAUGGAGAAUAUUGGUCUUUUCCCCUACUACUUUGUAGUAGGAAGCAAGCAUUUUGAAGGUUAUGUUAACGUGCAAUUUUGCCAUGGGGUUCCUUUAUAAGGUCCUUUUUACUAUGAAGAUAUUAAUAGGAAAAUGAACCUUGUGGUGACUCUUCUACCUCAGAAACAGUCAUAUGAAAUAUCUUCCAAUUGUGAAGAACAUUUUCCCUGUUUCCUGUUUAGCCUCAGUUUUGAAAACUCAUAGAAUUAAUCAAAGUGAUAUAGGUUCUUAUAUCUAGAAGUUAAUUCAGAACGGAUGAUGGUCAUAUGAGACAAUGAUAACAGUGCAGGUUUCCCUCCACCAACACGUUUAAUAGAUGCUGUACUUAUUCUUCUCAAUCAGUCACUUGCUGUGCUAAUGAACACAUGGAGACUGUCUGCAGAGGGACUAAGCCUGCCUAAGCCUGCCUUGUAGAAUUUUAAGCAUAACCUUGCUAGCAUGUGAAAUGAGUGCAAUUAUGUGGUAGUUGGAGCAUUCUUUGGCACUGCCCUUCUUUGGAAUUGGGAUGUAGACUGAUCUUCUCCAAUCCUCUGGCCAUUGCUGAGUUUUCCAAACUUGCUGGCAUAUUGGGUGUAGCACCUUAACAGCAUCAUCUUUUAAAAUUUUAAAUAGUUCAGCUGGAAUAUCAUCACUUCCACUGGCCUUGCUAUUAGCAGUGCUUUCUAAGGCCCAUUUGACUUCACUCUCCAAGAUGUCUGGCUCAAGGUCAGCAACCACACUAUCUGGGGUGUACGAGACCUCCAUAUCUUUCUGGUAUAAUCCUCUGUGUAUUCUUGCCACCUCUUCUUGAUGUCUUCUGCUUCUGUUAGGUCCUAACCACUUUUGUCCUUUAUUAUGGUAAUCUUUGUACGAAAUGUUCCUUUCAUAUCUCCAAUUUUCUUGAACAGAUCUCUGGUUUUCCCCAUUCUAUUGUUUUCCUCUAUUUCUUUAAAUUGCUCGUUUAAGAAGGCCCUCUUGUCUCUCCUUGCUAUUUUUUGGAAAUCUGCAUUCAGCUUCCUGUAUCUUUCCCUAUCUCCCUUGCAUUUUGCUUGCCUCCUCUCCCCCACUAUUUGUAAGGCCUCGUUGGACAGCCAUUUUGCUUUCUUGCAUUUCCUUUUCCUUGGGAUGGUUUUCGUUGCUGCCUCCUGUAUAAUGCUACGAGCCUCCAUCCAUAGUUCUUCAGGCACUCUGUCCACCAAAUCUAAAUCCUUAAACCUGUUCCUCACUUUCACUGUGUAUUCAUAAGGGAUUUGAUUUAGAUUGUAUCUUACCGGCCCAGUGGUUUUUCCUACUUUCUUCAGUUUAAGCUUGAAUUUUGCUAUAAGAAGCUGAUGAUCUGAGUUACAGUCAGCUCCAGGUCUUGUUUUUGCUGACUGUAUAGAGCUUCUCCAUCUUUGGCUGCAGAGAAUAUAAUCAAUCUGAUUUCGAUGCUGCCCAUUUGGUGAUAGGUUCCCAUAAAUGUGCCCCCAUUUUAUCACCAAAUGGGGGCACAUUUAUGGGAACCUAUUGGCUAGUGCCAUUGGGGUCACUGGUGAUGAACAUGCCCCCCCAUUCUCUCCAUACAAUUUUGUGAUAUUUUAAAUAUAUGGAGCAUAUUACAAAAAAUAUCAGAAUACCUUGCUGGAUCAUAUCAAAGGCCCGCCUAUUUUAGCAUCCUAUUUUUACAGCGACUAACUGGAUGCCUCUUCCGUGAAGCCUUCUACAAGCAGGAGUGUAACUACACUUUCCUGUUCUGCAGCAACCAGUUUUCAGAGGUAGCACAAAUUGUUAUAGCUUGUAGCCAUUACAGAUAGACCUAUCCCUCAUGAAUUUGUCAAAACCCCUUUUAAUACCAUCCAAAGUGUAAGCCAUUACUAUGUCUUGUGACAGCAAAUUCCAUACAUUUAACUAUGUGCCAUAUGAACAAGUACAUCCUUUUGUCUGCCUUGGAUCUUCCAGCAUUCUGCUUUGUUGGAUGACCCUGGCUCUUGCAAGAGAGGAAGAAAAUUGUCCACCUUAUCCACACCAGGCAUCAUUUUAUACACAUUUAUCAUGUCCUUCCCCCCUUGCAUUUUUAAAAGAAAUAAAGAGCUCCAAAUGCUCCAAUCAUUCCUCAUAAUGGGUAUUGUUCCACCUCUCUGGUUAUUUUUGCUUUUCCAGCUCUGCAAUGUCCUUUUUGAUGUGUACUAACCAGAACUGAACACAGUAGUCCAAAUGUAGUUGUACCAAAUAGCCAAAAUUAAGGAGUUCAAAGACCCUAAGAAUGGUUUAAGCAUAUGCUUUAACUUGGUUAAGAUAGUUGGACUUUCAAAUACUUCACUUUGGCUGGAUCAUGUCUUUUACUUAAAAAAAACUUUUGUAGAGGCUAUCCACCUUUUCACCUGAAGGAUCUACUACCUUCCCUGUAUAAUGUCAGGAAUGGGGUAUUUCGCCACUAGCCCCAGGCUGGGGCUAGAGUUAUGGCUACUAAUACGAAUGCUAGUAAGAACAGUAUGGAUUUCUCCUGUUAUCUGGAACGGCCCUAAUGCACUAUUUAUUUUGUUCAACUCUGCUAACAAAAUUGUUUAGAUUAAGCAAUAUAAUAUGUAAUAUCAGUAUAUGUACAAUAUGUAUGUAUGAAUCAGAAAUAAAGAGCUUACAAUCCAGUAGCAAUAAUGUAUGUUCUUGACGAAGAUGACAGAUGUUUGAAGCAGAAGCCAUGUACCAGGGAUGGGGAAUGUGCAGCCAUCCAAAGGUCACAGGACAACACUCAGAGUCCUCACUGCUGGGCCACACUGGUUUUGGCUGACGGGAGUUGAAGUCCCAACAACCUUUAGAAGUCCAUCUGGCCCACACACUUUUACCCUAUUCCUGAUGCAGAAUUUCAAUUCUGAUGAAGACAUGUCAGCUUGUCCGAUAGAACAUUCCUCCCUGCACCCCCAGCAGUUUACGGGGUUCUCCAGACACACACACCCCAAGCCAUUUUGGGGAGGAGGGAGGAGAGGGGGGAAAGUCCUGUUGUGCUGGUAACUUUAGCAUACCUAUGUACAGUUGAAUCUGGGCUGCAAUAAAGAUUGGGGAGGGUGGCUAAAGGGAGCCCAUAGGGAAAAAGCUUUGCAUACAUGGAUGGGGCAGGCUUAACAGACAUUCUAACAGAAGUGGUUUGGACACUCAUUCAGUGCAUUUUGAGGCAUUCAUUUUCAGAACAGAUGGCAUUUCAAAAACUUUUUCCAGUUGGAACUUCUGCUUCUUUUCACCCAGACAAAACUUGCCAGUAUUUCCUGAAGCUUUAUGUGUUAAAGGGUGUUAUAGAAAAUUCUGGGCGCAAGGCUGCUCAGCCACCCAGCUGGUCAGGCAAGAGCCCGUGGAAGGAGUCCAGCCAGCAACCGGAGCAAAAUAGCAAGUUUUCUUGUGCAACAGGUUCGAGCCAAGACUGAACAGCGGGAGCAGGGUUGCAAGAACUUUUAAAACUCCCCACCUAAAUCCCAGAAUACAUUUCCAAAGCAUCAUUCCUACAUCAUAGUUACAUAGCUACCAGUAAAUGUCAGAAAAGGGGAGGUACAUACAAUAUUAACAUAAGGGUAAUGGUUCAGGGGAAAAGUAAAUGUGUGAUACCGUAAGUACCUGGAGGAACUUCUUGAGUAUCCUCCGGAAAAGAACAAUGAGGUCCUGGCUUUGCACCGUCUGUCACCUGGGUGGGUCUGGUGAUGGGACGAGGCUUGGCCAACAAUCAGCUCAGCAAAGUGCCUCUGGGCACUUCCUGGAGUCCCUUUUCAAAGGGCAAAAUAGUGUUGGAAUGGAGGAAACUGGAGUUGAUUUUAUAUGAUUUUUAAAACUAGGUAACUUCCCUGAGCUGUCAAGUCGAAAGGAUACAUUUAUGCAUAAUAUUUAUAACAUUUAACCACUUUAAAGAUGUGCUCCCCCAUGAUUUCGAUAACAAGGAAAGCCAUAGGCACCCUGAAAGAAGAUGAUCACAUAAAAGCAGCACCCAGCAGUAUUUUUAUGGGGUCUCUUUCAUUCCAAACUUUCAAACACAUGACUUGACUCAAUAAUGUGGAAAGUCUGUAUCUCAAGUCUCCAAGGGAGAUAAUGCAACUUGUGGGUCUCAUUCCUGGUCUUCCUCAAGAACAGGCACGUUUAUACAAUGUCUACCAAAUUUCAUC